AUGUAUAACCGAGAAGAUAAUAUCGUGGAUGCAGAAGAAAAAACCUUUACAUGGAUGGUGGAAGCAAGAGGGCAUACCAAGGCAACCACCAAUGAUAUGGAUAUUGAUGAAUUUGACCAGAGAGCUGAGCUCGGAAGAGAUGUUACUCGAAAUCAGUUCCUUAGUUGGCUUAAUUCUGGGAGCCUGGUCUAUCAUGUCUCUGGUAAAGCCGGGGCAGGCAAAUCAACGCUAAUGAAAUUUCUUGCAAACUCUCGAAUAGUUCACUAUGAACUCAAGAAAUGGGCGGGAGAAAAAAGGCUGAUAUUUGCGUCUUUCUUCUUCUGGAAAUCAGGCGAUAGGCUACAAAUGUCGUUAGAAGGGCUUUAUCGGGGUCUUCUUUUCGAAAUAUGCAGACAUCUCCCCGCAGGCACCACGUCUCCGUCGGGAACACCGCUUCGAUUCCGAGAAUUAAAGGAUGCUUUCAGUCUUUUGAUUAACGAAAUUCAUGUGGGUAACCAUAUCUGCCUUUUCAUCGAUGGGCUUGAUGAGUUUGAAGGCGAAUCAGUCGAUCAGUGGAACAUAGCCCGAGACCUCCAAAGCUGGACCAAAGCAGAUAACAUAAAGCUUUGCUCAAAAGCUCGUAUCAAGAAUUGGUGUCAGAAAUAA